AUGCAUAUACCUUUUCUCUUCUCUUUGUGUCGAUUUAUCACACUCUAUUCCUAUCUAUCUAUCUAUCUAUCUAUCUAUCUAUCUCAAUAUUUUCACUUUCUAUCUAUCUAUCUAUCUAUCUCAAUAUUUUUAUUAUCUAUCUCGAUUUUUCAUAUCUAUCUCAAUAUUUUCAUUAUCUAUCUAUCUAUCUAUCUCAAUAUUUUCAUUAUCUAUCUAUAUAUCUAUCUCAAUAUUUUUAUUAUUGUGGAUCCUACCACAACAAUUAUCUAUCUCAAUUUUUCAUAUCUAUCUCAAUAUUUUUAUUAUCUAUCUAUCUAUCUAUCUAUCUAUCUAUCUAAAGAAAUGACACCCUACUGCGAAGAAAUCUCUCUCUCUCUCUCUCUCUCUCUCUCUCUCUCUCGUCAUGUCACUGACAAAUUAAUAUUAUCUAUCUAUCUAUCUAUCUAUCUAUCUAUCUAUCUAUCUUUUUUAAUCACUCUCUCUCUCUCUCUCUCUCUCUCUCUCUCUCUGUCGAUAUAA